AUGCUGGAUACGCAAGAAAACGAGCCACAAAUUCCCAAGAUGACACUUUCGGAACUCCGUAGGCAUAAGACACGAAGGUUGCCUCCUUCCAAGGGGAAGACUUGCAACCUGACAGAGACCCAGACAACACCGGGCAGAGGAACUGACACAAUAACGGCCGCUCCGGAGCAGGAAACUGACCUUCGUACGUUGGACAAGGAUGAGGCGUCACUCGAAGCGGGCGAAGACACCCUCGACCAGGACGAGCCCAAGCCAAACUCCGUUGACCCGACCACGGCCUGGAAGUUGGAAAUGGCACGAUUCUUCCAACAAAUGCGGUGCGACCAGAAAGGAAGUACAGGCGAAACGAAGAAGGGGGCAGAUCUCAUAAUGCAGUCAAGAAUGGCAGCUACCGAAGCGGGACCAGAUAUGCGGAGCUUCCUGACCCUGGCGGAGCGGGAAUUUCGGGAAAUGGGAAUCGCAGAGGCUCAAUGGGGUGUACUGAUACGCAAUUACCUAACAGGUCGCGCCGCCACACAGUGGAACUUCGUAGUUAGGUCCGGAAUAGAUAUGACAGACUGGCAGUUGGUGUGCGAAAGACUUUGCGAAAGGUUCCUUGGGUAUACGCGGGACGUCAUGUUAAGCCAGAUGAAAGAAAACGAGUGGACUGGCAAUUACAACGAAUAUUGCAACGAGUUCUCAGACAUAGUAUCCAAUGGAGAAGAACUGCCCGAACACGACCUGAUUAUGUACUUCCUCGCCGGAUUACCUACGGAUAUCGGAGACGAGCUGACCGACAAAGGCAAGCGGACAUUUUCGACGUGGAACGAGGCCGCAAAUGCGCUGAGGGCGUACAUGGUCCCAUUCAAUCUGUGGAGGGCCCAGCGAAAACGUGCGUUACAGGAGCUGCAGGGCGCAGAGAAGCCGAGACCCAAGCGUAGGAGUUACCUCAGAGAGUACGGAGAGGCGAACAGACACCACAACGAGGCUGCCUACGGCGUCAAUCGUAAAACCCAUUCGACGGGGAGAACGACGGGGGACGGGGAAAGAGAUACAACCCGUUGCUUCGAGUGCACAGGCCAGGGACACCUGGGAAGGGAAUGUUGGAAUAAUGGCAGGGCGCACCUAGUAGCUUCGGGACCGAAUGCCAUUAACAUCUCCACCCCCGCAAAACGGAAUGAUCGGACAAAUUACGGAAACGAAUGCCGGAGGCACGGGUCGCUGUCGAGCGGUAUUCAGACUCACGGGAACGGGAACGAAACCAACGAGAACACAUCACAGGCGGAACGUACUAGGGUAGAUCAGACAGGCCAGGAAGAAUGUCUUAUACCCCCGUGGCUGUGGGCAGAAGAAAACACCGCGGGACAACAGCCUCACGGAACUCUUUGCAGAGUCUGUAGCGGCGGCAAAACUGCGGUCUUGAGGUUGGAAAUACUCGGUCAUCAGUGUGAAGGUCUCUUGGACACGGGGGCGUCAAGAAGCUUUAUCCAGCCGGCGAUCGUCAAGAAAUUAGGACUGAGAACAAGGACACUAACAGAGGAAUACUCCUUUACAGUAGCGAACGGAGAAGUUAUAAGGAUCUACACGGAGGUCCCGCGGCUGACUAUCCUCUGUGGGCACGAGUGCUUCACUGGCAACUUUCUAGUAGGCCAAGUACCUUACGCAGUCAUUCUCGGGAUAGAUUGGCUUGAUAAAUACAGGGUAGCGUGGUUCUUCGAUUCGGACAGACUCAGAACGUACGUAAACGGCAGAAUGCACAGUCUACCGGUGUUAAGGAAAGAGAGCGAGAGACCAGCUGGUAACACCAAUAAGAAGGAGACACCUAAAACAGAGACGGACUGCGCCUACGAAGCAUUCGCUCACCAAAUAUCUCAAAUGACAGCUGAGGAAGCCGCAGUCUUUUUACGCCCUACACCUAAGCGCACCAGCAAGAAGGAGACACCUAAAACAGAAACGGACUGCGCCUACGAAACACUCGCUCACCAAAUAUCUCAAAUGACAGCCGAGGAAGCCGCAGUCUUUUUACGCCCUACACCUAAGCGCUAUAAGACGACGACUAGACGGAAACGCGGGAUUCAAAUCAAGGAUCUCAUUGAUCGCGCCAGGAAGAAUACGGAAGAGAUGAAAGGUGCAACUGAAGGAUUUAACUGCAUCAUCAUGGUACCAGAAACGGGAGCCGGUUUAGUUAAGCGCAAACCAACUGAAGGGCAAGGUCGAUUGUUAUGCGCUAUUUUAUCAUCCUCAGCAAAGACAUGGGACCGGAAGCGGAAUGAUGACCGACUCAAGGACCUCAUUAAUCGCGCCAGGAAGAAUACGGAAGAGAUGAAAGGAGCAACUGUAAGGACCUCAUUAAUCGCGCCAGGAAGAACACGGAAGAGAUGA